AUGGUCUUGAGGAGGACAGUGCUGACGAGAACCAGCGAGCUGGCGAGAGAGAAGAUGUGGGCGCGUAUUCACCUUAUCCCCCUCCUCCAAGCCGAGGAGGACCGCGACCAGGUUCGUAGGUGGUACGCCGACCAGGCGAGAGAGAAGGAGCUGUUGGGCGAGAACACUAAGGUUUACCACAACGAGAGAUUCGUUCGUCCUACCUUUGCUCUUGCGCCGCAGAGCAAGAACUAG